AACAGAAACUUUUAAAACAUUUCAUUCAUUCAGAAGUUUUUGAUUUAUCUUGGUACGUCUUGUUUUUUUAUGUAUUUAAUGCUUUAAAGCAUUACAAAUCGGUUUCUUGUUGGAGGAUAAUUUGGGUUCAUUACUGUUACGCGUCAGUUGCGCCAGUUUUCACUGCGGCAUUAUUUAAGUUGGAGGAUUAUUCCGGAGCACCGGUUGCGCACUGCGCCUGAAGUGACGGAACAUGCUUCAAAAUGGCAAAUCCAAAGAAGAGACUAAACCAGAAACGCAAAAUGAGAUUAAAAGUGAACAGAAAGAGACUAAACCAGACACGGAGCGGGUCUCCACGCAUUUCCCAAUGUCUAAUCCUCCUUCCCUUCCAAACCCCGGCUUCCCAAAACUGGAGAUAAAGCGCAACGCGGUGACGGACGAUUAUAAGAUCUCCAGCCAGGUUCUCGGUUUGGGGAUUAAUGGUAAAGUGUUGGAGUGUUUCAACAAGAAAACCGGUGAAAAGUGCGCACUGAAGAUACUCUACGAUAGCCCCAAAGCGCGGUGCGAGGUGGAGCUGCACUAUCGCGUCUCCAGCGGGCCUCACAUAGUACGUAUCCUCAACCUGUACGAAAACAUGCACCACGGGAAAAAGUGUCUGCUCAUCAUCAUGGAGUGUAUGGAAGGAGGAGAGCUCUUCAGUAGGAUUCAGGCCCGAGGAGACCAGGCCUUCACUGAGAGAGAGGCCUCAGAGAUUAUGCGAGAGAUUGGAACAGCCAUUCAAUACCUGCACAAUAUGACCAUUGCACACAGAGACAUCAAGCCAGAGAACCUGCUGUAUACGAGGAAAGACACCAAAGGUGUCCUCAAACUUACUGACUUCGGCUUCGCGAAGGAAACGUCGCAGCAGAACCAGCUACAGACACCGUGCUACACUCCCUACUACGUGGCUCCUGAGGUUCUCGGGCCUGAGAAGUACGACAUGUCGUGUGAUAUGUGGUCUCUAGGGGUGAUAAAGUACAUCCUGUUGUGUGGUUUCCCACCGUUCUACUCGAACACGGGUCAGGCCAUCUCACCGGGCAUGAAGCGCAGGAUUCGCAUGGGCCAGUACGAGUUUCCUAACCCGGAGUGGGCGGAUGUGUCCGAGGAGGCUAAACAGCUGAUAAACCAGCUGUUAAAGACCGACCCGAACGAGAGAAUGACUAUCACACAGUUCAUGAAUCAUCCCUGGAUCACCCAAUCUAUGGUGGUUCCUCCGACCCCCCUGCACACCUCUCGGGUCCUCAGGGAGGAUAAAGAGAUGUGGGAUGAAGUCAAGGAUGAGAUGACGAGUGCAUUGGCCACCAUGCGUGUCGAUUAUGACCAGUUGAAGAUUAAGGAUCUGGACAUGUCCAGUAACCCGCUGCUCAACAAGAGGAGGAAGAAGGCCGCGGCGGCUGGCGGGAAGGGCUGUAACAACCAAUAAGGGGCAAGAGAUCAAGAGAACUAGAUCAGUGGAUUGGUGGAAAUAAAUUAAAUCAGGGUGAAGAACUGGAAUAAUUGUUGAAGAAACAGCAUGAUGGAGUAACAGGAUGGAUGGCUUUGUAGAUGGACAGGCGGUUUUAUGGACCAGUGAUGAACUGGGACGCGGAGGUGGAGGUGAAAAUGAGGAGACGCGUAUAACAUCACUGUGUGUAAAAAAACCCCAGCAGAUCCAGUAUCCCAGUAUCCGCUCCCUCACUAUAAGCAGCAGCGCAUUACAUGUGCAUCUCAUCAGCCGUGUGCGUAGUUGUGUGUGUAAGUUUUACUGACAGUCAGUGUUUAUUGCAUUUAUGUAUUUUAAUACUCAUAGGUCUGAGUCUGUGUGUGUGUGUGUGUGUGUGUGUGUUUCAUGUGUGUUUUCAUUAGUACAGCGACUGAAGUGGCCAAAUCCACUUCACACUUGUAGUAUCACGCCAUGAUGCCGUGCUAAAUCAGACUUAGCGUUCCUCUACACCGAAUUCAUUUCUUUCUUUUUUUGCGUAAGAAGGAACGUACCACUCUAAGGGUCCUGCACACUACACCGGAGUAGCUCAAAAAUAGCUCAACAUCUUGGCCAGCAUGAACAUUGGUUAGCUCUCCAUACCAGGUACCAACUUAUAAAAUAUCAUUAAAAGAGGAACUGAAGUCAAAACAGUGCCACUAAGAAGCACCCAUCAAAAAUACAAUAAACCCCCAGGACUUUUCUUGUGCUUGUGGUGUCAAUUGACGUAAGAAUCAGUAUUAAACUAAAUGUGAGCAUAAAUACAUUAUAAUUCUUCUAAUGACUGGACUUAUUUCCGAGCCUGCAGUUAUGCUCUGGACAAUCUAUAGCUAGCUAAAAUCUGAAGCAUUGUUUUGUAGUACAAUUUCCUAAAAUAUCAAGAUACAGAAGGACAAUUAACCUCACAUUGGGCUAGUCAAUGUAAGACUGAUGCUCACCACUGCUUCAUUAAAACUUGACACGUCCAUCACAUAUGACUAGGGCCCUACUAGGACCUCGUUUUUCGAAAAUCACAGAUUUUUAAAGAAAGAGCCUCAUUUCACAGCGGUUAUUAAAUUCCACUCAUAAAUUGAAUGAUACACAAUACACAGCACAGCUACCAUAAUAGUUGAAUGGAAACCUAAAACAUCCAGCGACAGUGCGAGGCUUCAUAUUCUGUCUCAAAUACGAAAAUUCUUGCCCGUGUUUUGCCCCCCCACGCUUGCGUCCACAGAAUCGGUUGUUAGUUUUCCAAACUCAGUUACCCGAGUCGUGUUUUUAGCUGCUUUACACUUCGACAUCUUGGACAUUUUGACGAAGCGAUUGCUAACUGAAUUACCGUAGGAUUGCUAGGACGCCUCAUAGUGCAGAUUAACCAGUAAACGUAAGACACUUGGACGCUACAUAAUGUUAAAUCACUAAACACUUGAUUUUCACAGCAAGUUGCAUAUUACACAGAAAACGCUACAUUUCACGGCCGUGAAUUAAGUAGGGGCUUACAUAUGACCAAACAGUGUGAUCUCACCAAUUCAGGACCUUCCCUACACCAUAUCCCGAGCUCGCCUUUUUAACUUCAGUAAGCACCUUCGCACUUCAGUGCUCCUGGCCAAAGUUCUUUUCCCCUAACCAAUAAGAACUAACCUUAACCAAUACCAUCACUCCACAGGGUGCUCUGUUUGUAUUUGUCUACCCCUUUUAUUCUCUCAGUGGUAUGAAAGGGAUUUUUUAGGUUUCUGUGUUUGCUAGAUUCGUUUUUAUAUGUUUACACGACACGUAAACCAAAAGCAAACACAAUACAGAAAGAGCAAUAGUGAUAUUCCAGCUUCAAACCCAUUAACACAUUCUGUAAAAGAAUAUAAAGUAAAUUCAGAGUCUUUUGUACAGGCCACAAAUGUCAGUGAUUUUCGCUUAUACAAAUUUUCUUUUUUAAGACCAAUUGCAUGUAAAAACUGUCCAUAAGUUCUGCUUCUUUACUUCAAAAUAAUUAAAUAUUUAAGAACUAGGCCAUCCACAGUGUUCUUUUCACACCAUUUCCACCACUGUUCCGUUUUAUUAUUGAAAUGAUUUAAAUGGGAGUUUACAUGGACACAGAUGUGUGACGUUUUAUGAAGACUUUUUGUCAUGAUGUGAUGAAGAGCAGCCACUGUGUUUAAGGCUUUGUUUUAAUAAAAGCCGAACCCGAUUACA